CACACGUGUAUCUUCUUUUUCUUCUUCUUACAUGGCUUUUUCAACCCAAGCUCAAACCCACCUCAACCAAACAAAAUAUGAGACUCCUAACGUUGUUGAUAAUCUUGAGAGAGAACUACAACCACUCACCAUGGAACCCCUCGAGCUUGAGGUCGUCGAUUACUCGAAGCGAGCCCAGUGGCUCCGAGCCGCCGUAUUAGGUGCAAAUGAUGGGCUGCUCUCCACCGCAUCGUUAAUGAUGGGUGUCGGAGCGGUCCGAAAAGAUGUCAAGACAAUGAUCCUCACUGGGAUAGCCGGAACAGUGGGCGGAGCUUGUAGCAUGGCGAUCGGAGAGUUUGUCUCGGUGUACUCGCAGUACGAUAUAGAGAUGAGUCAGAUAAAGAGAUGGGGUGGGGAGAGAGAGAUGAGUGGAAGUGAAAUUGAGGAGAUGAAGAAGCACUUGCCGAGUCCAUUGGCGGCAGCAGUGGCGUCAGCGGCGGCAUUCGUGGUGGGGGCGGUGGUGCCGCUGUUGGCAGCAGCGUUUAUGAAGGAUUAUUGGGUUAGGGUUGGGGUGGUGGUGGCGGCAGUGAGUUUAGCACUGCUAGGGUUUGGAGGGUUGAGUGCAGUGCUUGGGAGGGCACCUGUGGUGAAAUCUUCACUUAGGAUUUUGGUUGGAGGGUGGUUGGCCAUGGGGAUCACUUUUGGCUUAACCAAGUUGAUUGGUUCUACUGGAAUUUAAAUUUUGAGUAGUAGAAAAAAAAAAAGAUAUUUGAAAAUUAGUAUAAAUCAGAUGUAUUUUGUGUGAAAUUGAAUUUGUAUUAUAUACUUAUUUUCUUGGUAUGUAAUUUUCAUUUUUUUUUUUUUUUGUGUGUUUAUUUUGUCUUUAUUUUGUCUUUUUGGCAAGUAAGAUUAUAUCUUCUUGUUGUGAAGGUUCAUAAAAAAGGGCUAGCUUGGAAAAGAAGCAAGGUGUAGAUCUAGAGCAAAGGAAGGAGUU